AUGCUUAUCAAAAUUGUCACCAAGAAUUUUUCGCAUUUUAGUAAACAAACACUGUUAAGUAUUGGAUCAUCGCAUGCUUCACUGUUGAAGAAACAGUAUUCGAUCCAGAGCAGAACCAUCGCCACAUAUAAAAGAUCAGUGAUGACUGAACGUUGGAAUCCCAAGGACCAUGUUCCAAUUGAAGUAAAGGAAAUUUUGGCCGAAACUCAGCCAAAUUAUGUUUUGGCCUUUAUGCAUAUUGUAGAGCAGUUGAAGUUGCAGAAAAGAACAGGAUGGCUUGACCACGACAUCAAGCCAUGUGAAAGUAUUUCAGACCAUAUGUAUCGUAUGGGAGUCACUGCCAUGCUAAUCAAAGAUCCUAAAGUAGAUGUCAAGAGAUGUGUACGUAUAGCGUUGGUUCAUGACAUUGCUGAAUCUUUGGUGGGCGAUAUUACACCAUUCGACCCGGUCACUAAAGAAGAGAAGCAUCAGAGAGAAUUGGAUACAAUCACAUAUUUGUGCGAUGAAAUAAUCAAGCCUUAUAACGAAGAGGCUGCUACAGAAAUUUUAAACGAUUGGCUAGCCUACGAAAACGUUAGUUCGUUGGAAGCAAGAUACGUGAAGGAUAUUGAUAAGUUUGAAAUGCUAGUGCAAUGCUUUGAGUACGAGAAGAGACAUAAGGGCACCAAGGAUCUGAGUCAAUUUUACUCGGCUGUUGAUAGCAUCAAGACUGAAGAAGUCAAAUCGUGGACAGCAGAUCUAAUGAGAAGACGUACUCAAUUCUUCGAAAAUUUGUGA